AAUGUCAGUCAGUCAUUAUUUUUUCGAAUUGGACGAAAGGAGUUCAAUUUGUCUUUUCAUGAUUUAAAUUACAAUAACCAUGGCUAAUACAGGCUUAUUGCCAUUUGUACGUGGAGUAGACUUCACAUGUAAUGAUUUCAGUGAUGAAAAAUUCCCAGAUGCUAUUCGAUAUAUGACAGGGCUUCAGUGGUUGAGGCUAGACAAAACAAAUUUGACUGAAGUGCCAGAGGAAUUAGGAAAACUUAUGAAAUUGGAGAAUCUCUCAUUGAAGAAUAAUAAUCUGGAAAAGUUAUUUGGUGAGCUGACAGAGUUGAAAUGUUUGAGAUCUCUCAAUGUGAGGAGAAACCGAGUGAAAAGUUCGGGAAUUCCCGCGGAACUGUUCCGAUUGGAAGAGUUGACUACACUGGACUUGUCCCACAACAGACUGAAGGCUGUACCUGAAGGCUUGGACAAAGCCAAAUCAUUACUUGUACUGAAUCUCAGCCAUAAUAAGAUUGAAAGCAUACCGCCUACACUUUUCGUCCAACUGACAGACCUAUUAUUUCUGGACCUAUCUGAUAAUUUAUUGGAAACUCUGCCACCUCAGACAAGGAGGCUGGCGAACCUGCAGACUCUGAUACUUAACGACAACCCAUUGGGGCUCUUCCAACUACGGCAACUUCCUUCCCUCCAGAGCCUGGAGACCCUACACAUGCGAAACACGCAGCGCACACUAGCCAAUCUUCCUACCUCACUGGACACACUAUCCAACCUCUCCGAUGUGGAUCUCUCUAAAAACGCCCUUACGAAGGUGCCCGAUGCGCUGUAUUCGCUGCUCGGACUGAAAAGGCUUAAUCUUAGCGACAAUGAAAUCACAGAGGUGUCUCAAGCCAUUGACAACUGGCAGAAGCUAGAAAGUCUGAACCUCUCCCGCAACAAACUGACGAGCCUCCCGCCUACCCUGUGCAAACUGCUUAACCUGAAGCGACUACAUGUCGAUGACAACCAGUUGGACUUCGAGGGCAUACCGUCGGGGAUAGGGAAACUGUGUAGUAUGGAGGUGUUCUCCGCCGCUAAUAACUUGUUGGAGAUGAUUCCUGAAGGAUUAUGCAGAUGCGGCUCCCUCAAGAAACUAAACCUCAGCUGCAACAAGCUCAUCACGCUCCCCGACGCCAUCCACCUCCUCAGCGACCUCGAAAGCCUCCAGCUCCACGGGAACCCAGACCUGGUCAUGCCGCCCAAGCCUGUCGAGCGAGUCCGCGGCUCUGGCUUAGCUUAUUACAACAUCGACUUUUCACUGCAAGCGCAGUUGCAGUUGGCCGGGGCCGCUACGUCAGAGCCUGUCACACCUAGCAGUGUAAAAUCCGACCCGAUCGCGCGCAAGCUCCGUUUGCGUCGCGGUCGCACCGAGGCCACGGGGGGUGAGCGCGAAUCCGCUAUGAUACUCCGUGGCAUGCAGGAGCAGGCCAACACGCAAGCCAAUGUCGAGUUACCUCCCAACAGCGAGCUCAAGCCUAAACGUUGGGACGAGAGCUUAGAAAAGCCGCCGCUGGACUACUCGGAGUUCUUCGACGAAGAUACGGGACAGACACCCGGCCUGCAGGUCUGGGAGAUCGAGAACUUCAUACCCGCGCCUGUAGAAGAGGUGGCGCAAGGCAAGUUCUUCGAAGGCGAGUGUUAUAUCAUUCUGAAGACGGCGCUGGAGGAGCAAGGGCAGCUUACGUGGGAUAUACAUUUUUGGAUCGGAUCUAAGGCCACGCUGGACAAAGGCGCAUGCGCCGCAAUGCACGCCGUGAACCUGCGCAAUCUGCUCGGCGCCAAACGUACCCAGCGCCACGAGCAGGGCGACGAGUCCGAGGAGUUCCUCGCUCUGUUCCCCACACCGCCCGUCUACAUCCAGGGCGCGCACACCGCUUCCGGCUUCUUCACCGUGGACGAGCCGCGUUACGUGACCCGUCUGUACCGAGUGCACGCGCACGGCAGCGGCGUCCACUUGGUCCCCGUGGAAGUGUCGGCCGCCUCGCUCGACACGCGCCACGUGUUCAUACUGGACACCGGCCUCAUUAUAUACCUGUGGUACGGUAAAAAAGCGAAGAACACGCUCAAGUCGAAGGCUCGCCUGUUCGCAGAGAAAAUAAAUAAAGAAGAGAGGAAGAACAAAGCUGAGCUGAUAGCGGAACCGCCGGGCAAGGAACCGAAAUCAUUCUGGCAGACUUUAGGAUAUGAGGGCGACGCGUUUGUACCAGAGGAGCACGUGCCAGUAGACUUUAGCUGGCUUCCCCCUCGCCUAUACCGUGUUGAGCUCGGUAUGGGCUACUUGGAGUUACCCCAACCCGAGGCAGCUCCGCUAGCACGAGGCGUUCUAGCUACGCGCAAUGUGUACAUACUGGACGCGCAUCGCGACGUGUUCGUGUGGUUCGGCAAGAAGUCUUCCCGGUUAGUGCGCGCAGCGGCCGUGAAGCUAGCGCAGGAACUAUUCAACAUGGUGGAGCGCGUGGAGUACGCUCUCGUUACGCGUCUACAAGAAGGCACCGAGACUCAGAUAUUCAAGACGUACUUCUUGGGCUGGGAGGAGGUGAUCGCCGUGGACUUCACGCGCACGGCCGAGUCGGUGGCGCGCACCGGCGCCGACCUGGCCAGCUGGGCCAAGCGACAAGAAACCAAAGCGGACCUAUCGGCGCUGUUCACACCGCGUCAACCAUCGAUGCCGGCGACCGAGGCCAAGACGCUCGCCGACGAAUGGAACGAGGACUUGGAGGCCAUGGAGGCGUUCGUACUGGAGGGACGCCACUUCGUGCGCCUGCCCGACACUGAGCUAGGCGUCUUCUACUCGCAGGACUGCUACGUGUUCCUGUGCCGGUACAUCCUGCCCGCGCCGGAAGACGAAAGCGAGAGCUCCAACGGUGACGAAGAAGGAGACGCGGACGCGGUCACGUGGGUGGUGUACUUCUGGCAGGGUCGGCGAGCGCCCAACAUGGGCUGGCUGACGUUCACGUUCGGGCUGGAGCGCAAGUUCAAGCAGCUCUGCAAGCGGCUGGAGGUGGUGCGGACGCACCAGCAGCAGGAGAGCCUCAAGUUCAUGUCGCACUUCCACCGCCGGUUCAUCAUACGGGACGGCAAGAGGAAUCAGCCGCCGUCGGGCGGCAAGCAGCCCGUGGAGCUGUUCGAGCUGCGCAGCAACGGCUCCGCGCUGUGCACGCGCCUGCUGCAGGUCAAGGCUGAUGCGGCGCAGCUCAACAGCGCCUUCUGUUACAUCUUAAACGUGCCGCUAGAGGGCGCCAACGACACCUCAUCAGCAAUCGUAUACGCGUGGAUCGGCAGCAAAGCUGACGCGGACUCCGCCCGUCUCAUCGAGCACAUCGCCGAACACAAGUUCAACAGUCCCUGGGUCAGCCUGCAGGUGUUGACCGAGGGCAGCGAGCCGGAUAACUUCUUCUGGGUGGCGCUGGGCGGCCGUAAAGAAUACGAUACCGACGCGGGCUUCCUCAACUACACGAGGCUGUUCCGCUGCUCCAACGAGAAGGGAUACUUCACCGUGUCUGAGAAGUGCACCGAUUUCUGCCAGGACGACCUGGCGGACGACGACAUCAUGAUCCUGGACAACGGCGACCAGGUGUUCCUGUGGCUCGGCGCCAAGUGCUCCGAGGUGGAGAUCAAGCUGGCCUACAAGUCCGCUCAGGUAUACAUCCAACACAUGAAGACCCUGCAGCCCGACCACCCGCGCAAGCUGUUCCUGACGCUCAAAAACAAAGAGUCUCGCCGGUUCACCAAGUGCUUCCAUGGCUGGGGCGAGCACAAGAGGCCUCCCGAGUAAAUUGUACGAAACAAUAGAAAAUAGGUCUUCAACAGUGGUUCUUAACCUUCCCGUGAUAAGAGAACACUCGAUAAAAUUACUUUUAAAAUACCUAUGACGAAUAAAUGUUUUUUUUUUAUAAAUUCGCAGAUCACUAAGUACCUAAUGUAUGACCAAUGGUCCGCGAACCAUGGGUAAAGAAUCACUGGCCUCAAACAAAUGUUGGCAAGAUUGGAAACAGCCAUUCUCCUGUCUUUAAGCCGAAAACAGGGCACCUAUAAAAGAUUACUUAUUAGAAUAACUGAUUCGAGUCUCUUUUGCCAGGCGUCACUUUAUUCAUCCUUUUCACUUUUAGCCCAGUGUUCAAAAUGGUUCCAUUAAAUUAGAAAAUAAAAAUCUUUCUGAAUAAUUACACUACAUUCACAUUUUAAAAAUGUAAGAGGUGUGAAAGAGGACAUUUUGAGAAUGAAGUAUUUUAUGCCACGUUUUGCGAAAGGUAGAAAGGGACAUUGAAUGAAUACCGAAUGGGUCUAUGCACCCUAUCCCUGAAGUCCUACCUUCAGUAUAUAAUCGAUUUCGGGUUUUUUACCCUGUUUUCACAUAAUUUCUUCACACUGUUUCUUUUAUAGACUCCUAAAUGUAUAUUAUUUUAAGUUUUGCUUUUAUUACUACAGAAGUUUCUUUUUAUCAAAGAUUCAAAAGACAAACAAUUUGUUCAACAUAGGUCCUGUAUUGACAUUACAUUAUUCCUCAUGAUCAACAUUGUAUAGUAGUCAAAUAGUGUUAUUGAGUAAUUUAAAAAUGCCCCUAAAUGGCCUAAAUAUAAAGUGGCACCAGCAACUAAGAUCUGAAGCACCAGCAACCAAAGUUCCUUUUUCCUCAACUGCAAAAUAUUUUACAAUCAGCAGAAAAAGUGACUGAGCAGACAAGGUGUUCAAAAUGGCCUGAAUAUCUCCUCUUCUCUGGUUAAAAUUUGAACAUGUGCUUAGCCAUUUCUGCUGAAGUAAGGUAUGACUUAAACUGCGUGUUUACAAAACUGAGUGUAGUUUAAAAUGUAAUGUUUUGAUAGUAGUAAGUAUACAAAUGUAAAAGGGCCACACAACCGUAAACUUUUUUAUACUAUGAAACUUUGUAAUCUAGAAUUUUAAGCCCCAACUAUUGAUUUGAUGUCAAAACAUUUGCUUGUAGUAUGUUGGAAGAGCUGAAUCUGUUUUGUGAGCCAUAGUUUGCUGACCCCUGUUUUAGGUAAUUAUAAAAACAAUUUGCAGUUGUAAAUUAAGUACUUGUUCAAAAUAUGUCAAGGAAAUAAGAUCAAUCAGAUCACUUUUAUUUUAUAAUGGUUAUCAAGGACAGGCUAGAAAUGCAAAGCCUGAAUUUGUUACUGUCCAAAUGUUUUUGAUCUUUAUUGGGAAUCAGUAUUAGAUUUAAUUUUAUGUAACAAUCGCCUUGAUGAUAUGCAAGCAUUUUUAAAGUUUUAGUAGUAAUUUGCACAAUUUUUAAUUAUGAUAUCCAACUGAGCUUCCAUGAAAAACAUUAGCAAGGAAUCAGAUAUUUGAUAGCAAUAAAAGACUGAAUCAUGCCAUUUUAUAAAGUCAUCUUCACUUAAAAUAUUAAGCACAAGUAUGAGAUUGAGAUUAUAUUACCCUAAUGCUACUGGGUGUAACAGUGACUAGCAUAGCAGAGAUUUCUUUUUGUGUACUCUGUGACAAGUUAUGCAUUUGUUAUAUAUGUUAUAAUACUUAUAAUGCAUUUACAUAUGUAUCAAAUUCUAACAAUUAAUUUAGAUGUACAUAGGCAUAUUUUUGAAUUUAAUAUAAAUUGAUUUUCAUCCUGUAAUCAUGUAAAUAAGAUUUAAUUUAUUAAAGAGUAAAUUUUCAAAUGUCAUGAUUGAUGUGCAAUAACAGUUUUAAAUAAAGCAGUUAGCACACAAUAUAUCACCCAAUUAAUGUAGCUUUUGUAACAAUUGUAUGAUAAAAUAUAUUAAUAAAGUAAAUAAACUGUUAAAAGGCA